AUGACAGAGAUAUCCCUGGAUAAGAAAAAGAAAUUAUAUGUUUUAAAGAAAUUUGAUAGCGUUUCUCCACUUAAAGAAAGAGAAUAAACUUAAAAUAUUUUCAAUGGAGAGCAACUUAGAUUUCUUCAUGGUUAGUAAUAAAAUUUACAAUAAAGAUAAAUUGUUGGCAAGCUCGAAUAAUUUUUGAAAUAAAGAGAAUAAUUUGAAACAGUACAAAAACAACAAAAUUCAUAAUACAAUUCGUCCAAUUCUACGAAAAUGUUCGCUAAGAGAAUUACUCUUAGGAAUUCUUCUCAGAAAUCUCUAUUUAUCAGUUCCGAAUAAAAUCAGGAAUAAAAAUUAAAAAAAUAAAAGGAUUAUUAAAUAGUGUCUCAGCAGUUUUUAUUAGAUUUUGUUAAAAAGACAGAAGAUAGAAUAAAAAUGAAUAAUGAAAUCGAGGAAGAUUUAAAAAGGCUAAAUGAUAAAAAUAAUCAACUUAGACAAACAAGAGCCCUAACAAAAUUCUAAUAAUAACAAUAAAUUUGGGAACAACAAGUUGAAGAAGCAACGAGAAAAUCAAAAAAAUAUGAGUAUGAUUCUGUCAUCAGAAAAUCAACUUGUAAUAAAUCUGAGUUUAUUUUAGUAUUUCGUGAAAAAGUUGAAUAAAUCGAACAUUUUUAAGCCUUAAAGCAAUAAGAAGGUACUGCAAGGGCUUCUGAAUGGUAUAUGACAUUAAGGGAUAAUUUAGGAUAAUCAAGAUAAUUAUCUUAGGAGGAGAGAGAAAAAAAAAGAAGUGCAUAUCAGGAUCCAUUCAAUUAGAAUACUUAUUAUGUUGAUUCCUCGAACAAACCAAUUGAAAUAAUAAGAAAUUAACAAUAGUCAACUUCUGUUUCCAAAAGUGGAUUUAGAAGAAACAGCAGUUUAAGCUAAAUAAAUAUCUUUAAAUUGCCUCUCUAUAAAACAGUCUAAACAAUAGGGGAAGACCUUUGUAAUCUAUAAAUUGAAGGAUAAAAUGUUUUAUAAAAGGAAACUGAAUUAAUAAAACAUUAUAACUCGAAUGAGAAGUUCAGACUUUAUAAAUUAGAGAAGGAAACUGAAACAGAGGUCUGA